AGCCAGAUUACCAGCACAAAUUCCCAAAAGCAAAUAUAACUGGGAAUGUGAAACCUGUUGGGCCUGAUUGGGUGAAUCUGCCAUCAGUCAGUGGGAGGUUGAGUGAACUGGAGGAUUGUGUUUGAAAGGCCAACCGAGGAGAAGAGCAGUGCAAAAGGGACCAGGCGUGCUGUCAGGAUACACUCAGCUCCUGUCCUCAUUCUGAAAUGGCACUAAUUGAGUUCAUCUUUGUCUUGAGUGGUGCCUGCAUUGUCCUUGCUUGGCUAGGCCGCGUGUUUACGAUGCUUGCUCCGAAGGUCUUUUGGCCGAUUCCUGGGAAUUUCUUUACGUCAAUGGGAAAAUGGGCAGUCAUCACUGGAGGGUCAGAUGGAAUAGGAAAAGCUUAUGCAGAAGAGUUUGCAAGACUUGGGCUGAAUGUGGUGAUCAUUAGCAGGAGUAAAGAGAAGCUUGACAGAGUUGCGAGAGAACUAGAGAAUAAAAUGGACAGAAAGGUCAUGGUUAUAGUGGCUGACCUUACCAAGAAUGAUAUUGAUGGGCACAUAAAAAAAUAUAUUCAAGGUUUGGAAGUUGCUGUUUUAGCUUUGUUGUGUGCAGUUAACAAUGUGGGGAUUUUGCCAAGUUAUUUACCUUACAAAUUCCUUGAUACAGUUCAUCUGGAAGAGAAAAUUAAUCAAAUGAUCAACUGUAAUGUAAAAGCAAUGGUCAAGAUGUGCCAAAUUGUCCUUCCUGGAAUGGUGAAAAGAGGACAGGGCAUCAUCCUAAACAUUUCAUCUGGCAUUUCUAAAACUCCCUGGCCUAUGUAUACUUUAUAUUCAUCUACAAAGGUGUUUGUGGAAAUAUUCUCACGAGGUCUUCAAGCUGAAUACAAAUCCAAUGGAAUUCUUAUUCAGAGCGUGUGUCCUUUUGGGGUCUCAACUGCAAUGAUAGGCUUUCAGAAACCAAGUAUAAUUACAUUAACCCCUGAGGAAUUUGUGAGAAGCUCCCUGAGGUACCUGAAAGCUGGAGAGCAAACAUAUGGCAGUGUCAGACAUACAGUUAUGGGCUGGAUCAUACAGGCAAUCCCUGCCUGGGCCUUGAGAAAAGAAGCAUUUCACCAAAGCUUUCAAGAGUAUGUAAAAAAGCAAAUGGGUGGCUGAGUGCUGUCUUUGUAAUCAAGCAUUUUGCUUGUGCAUCUUAUUUCUUGAUGCCACUAGUAAUUGUUGUUUGUAUGCCACCAUCUAAAACCAUUCCUUGGGAAAAUAAAAGACGUCUAAGUCGUACUAAAAGCCUUAUCAGCAAACUAAGAUAGCAGAAUGUACUGUAUACGACUGUACUUCCUAUGUAACAAGGCAUGAGAUGAGGGUCAGGGACAGUCUGCACCUACUGCUCUCAAGAUAAAGGAGAAAAGCACUCAAAUUAUACAACAGAUUAUUUUUUUGUGCUUUAAAGGCAAAUUGCAUUUAACUGAAUUACUGUUCACGUUAUCAGACACAUUCAUCAAGUACACACACACACACACACACACACACACAUCCAAAAACAGAGUAGAAUGGAAACUUUUCAAAUGUAUGGCUCCAUCUAGUGGAAACACCUCAUCUUAAAUACACAUUUUUAUAUAGAAAAAAUACAGUAUAUGCCAUUAUAUGCAUAAAUAAAAUAUAACACCUGGUGUUGGCAUUAACAUUAUGUCUGACUGUUGCAUGUGUGUGAUGCCCUGCAGUUUAGGUCAUUCAGGGUCACUUCUCAUUUCAGGCUCUGUGUUCAACCCUGACCGCGAUAAACCAGGUACUAAAGAGGAAUAAUUAAUUGAUUAUUUCAGCAUCUAAUUGCACAUUAUUGCAACCUUGUUAAUUACAAAUAAAUCAUUCUUCUUAUACAGGAGGACUCAUAUUUGUACACAGUUGGCACCAUAAUUACAGAAUACCUAACUGCUGCUAAGACAGUAACUCUGUGAAUACAGACAAAGCUUCUUUUAUUAAUAAUCUAUCAUCAUGGAUAAAACUAUUUUCUGGCCAGCCAGACAGUGACCUUGUUAUCUGAGCAAGGAAAACGCUGGACAAACAAAU